GUCCGACUCGGAGAGCGGAAGUGAACCGCAGCCCGCCCCCGUCUCUUCCGGUGUGGCUUCGCGCGGCCCGUCCUCUGUUCUCCGCGGGAGCAGGCUGGCUGGGCGGCUUCUGAAGGAAAAGUAUUUCCGCCGUUGGAGUCCGGCUUGGCCCCCCCAUCACCCCACGGACCUGGCCAUCCCGGCGCUUUCUGCAGGAAUCUAAGUCAUCCAGAUUAAAAGAGAAAUGAAUAUUGUCAUUUUCCACUUUGAUGCAUAAGUUUCCCUGACAUUUCCUUGGAGUCACAGAAGAAUUUGUUUACAUAUUUUACCAUCAGACUAAUAGGAUGGACAUUUCCAGUUUGUCCUGUGGAAGUCUGCUUUCUGAGGACCAAGUCUGCAGUCAAGGAGAAGAAAAAGAGGGAGAAAGCACACUGGUUGAUUGGCUGAAAAACUGUAAUAAGGAUGAGGCUGCGGAUUUCACUCAAGAGGAGUGGAGUACAAAGGAUCCAACUCAGAACAGCACACCUAGUGAUGUGACGGUGGAGGAUUACAAAAACCUGACCACCGUAGAAUUGGAAAAGCAACUACAAACCAAAGAUUUAGCACUAGAGCAGGAAUUUUUGACAAGACAUACCUUCAUGGAGACAAAACAGGUGGAUGCAGUGACCUUUGAAGAUGUGGCUGUAGACUUUACCCAGGAAGAAUGGACUUCACUGGAUCUAGUUCAGAGAAACCUGUACAGAGAUGUAAUGCUGGAGAACUACCAGAACCUGGCCACAGUAGGAGGUCAGCUGUUCAAACCCAGCUUGAUCUCUUGGUUGGAGCAAAAAGUAGAAUUGACAGUAAUGGAGCAAGGAAUUCUCCAAGAAUGGGAAAUGCACCUUAAGACAAAAAGGACAGCACCUCAGCAGGAUAUGUUUUCAUCAGACAUGUCAAAUGGAAUGCAACUGGAAAGAGAACACAAUGGAGGGGAGCUUGCUGACUCCCUAAAAGUCGGAAGAGUUUUCAGUGAAGAUUCUUGCCCUCAGACUGAUGUUAGUACUCCAGAUACAGAGAACGCAUCACCAUGUAAUUUGUAUGAAAAAGACUUUGUACUACCACUUAAAGAAACUUCUACUACUGAAGAGAACAUUUUUCAAUUGAACCAGUGUGUAAAACCUUUCACUUUGACACCAGAUGAUUCCAAGAGAAUGUGCCCUCUGGAAAAAUCCAUUGAAUGCAGUGACUGUGGGAAAACUCUUGCUAAUCAGUUAGAGUUUCAGGCACAUAGUUCUUCUCAUAGUGAAAAGAAUCUCCACAAAUCAGAGCAGUGUGGGCAAGCUCCUACUCAUCCUAUAAGCCAUGAUGGGCAUGUUGUAAUUCCCACUGAAAAAAAAUACUACGAAUGUAAGAAAUGUGAAAAAUUUUUUACGCAUCCUCUAUACCUUAAUAUCCAUAUGCAAAGCCACACCGUGGAGAAACCCUAUGACUGUAAGGAAUGUGGGAAAGCCUUCGCUGAGCGCUCAAGCUUAAUUGUACAUCUACGACAACACACUCGAGAGAAGUCUUACGAGUGUAAGGAAUGUGGGAAAACCUUUAUUCAACCCUCACGCCUUACAGAACAUAUGAGAAGUCAUACCGGGGAGAAACCGUAUCAGUGCGACCAGUGUGGGAAUGCCUUUGCAUCUUCCUCUUAUCUUACUACACAUUUGAGAACUCAUACUGGAGAGAAGCCUUUUGAGUGUAACAUUUGUGGGAAGGCAUUUACACGUUCCUCUUACCUGCUAGGUCACAUACGAACUCACACAGGUGAAAAGCCCUAUGAAUGUAAAGUAUGUGGGAAAGCGUUUAGUGGCCGUUCUUGGCUUACAAUACAUUUACGAAAACAUACUGGAGAGAGGCCCUAUCCAUGUACAGAAUGUGAGAAAGCCUUCACCAGCUUUGCUCAACUAACUGAACAUAUAAAAACUCACACUGGUGAGAAGCCCUUUCGUUGUAAGGUAUGUGCAAGGACCUUUAGAAAUUCCUCAUGCCUUAAAACCCACUUUAGAAUUCACACUGGAAUAAAACCAUAUAAAUGUAAUUACUGUGGAAAAGACUUCACUGCACGUUCAGGCCUUACUAAGCAUGUACUGAUUCACAAUGGUGAGAAGCCCUAUGAGUGCAAGGAAUGUGGGAAAGCCUUCAGUACAUCCUCUGGCCUUGUUGAACACAUAAGAAUCCAUACAGGAGAGAAGCCCUUUGAAUGUUAUCAAUGUGGGAAAGCCUUGGCUCAUUCCUCAUCUCUUGUUGGACAUUUACGUACUCACACUGGAGAGAAACCUUUUGAGUGUAAUCAGUGUGACAAAACAUUUACACGAUCUUCUUAUCUUCGUAUUCAUAUGCGAACUCACACCGGAGAGAAACCAUAUGAAUGUAAAGAGUGUGGGAAAACUUUUCCUGAACGCUCAUGCCUUACUAAGCACAUAAGAACACAUACUGGUGAAAGGCCCUAUGAAUGUAAGGAAUGUGGGAAAGGCUUCAUUAGCUUUGCUCAACUUACUGUACACAUAAAAACUCACAGCUCAGAGAGACCUUUUCAGUGUAAGGUGUGCACAAAAUCCUUUAGAAACUCUUCAUCCCUUGAGACCCACUUUCGAAUUCACACUGGAGUAAAACCCUAUAAAUGCACUUACUGUGGGAAAGACUUCACUGCUCGUUCAGGCCUUACUAUACAUUUACGAAAUCACACUGGGGAGAAGUCGUAUGCAUGCCAAGAAUGUGGAAAAGCCUUUAGUACUUCCUCAGGCCUUAUUGCACAUAUACGAAGUCACAAAGGAGAGAAACCCUUUGAAUGUGACCACUGUGGGAAAGCCUUUGCUUCUUCCUCUUACCUUAAUGUGCAUUUGAAAAUUCACACUGGAGAAAAGCCCUUUCAGUGUACAGUAUGUGGGAAAACAUUUACAUGUUCUUCUUACCUUCCUGUUCACAUGCGAACUCACACUGGAGAGAAGCCUUUUCAGUGUAUAAUAUGUGGAAAGUCAUUUUUGUGGUCCUCCUACCUUCGAGUUCACAUGCGAAUUCACACUGGAGAGAAACCCUAUGUAUGUCAGUACUGUGGAAAAGCCUUUACAGAACACUCGGGCCUUAACAAACAUUUGCGAAAACAUACAGGAGAGAAACCAUAUGAAUAUAAGGAAUGCAGUGAAGCCUUCACUACUUCUGCUGAUGCUAAUGAACAUGAAAAUCCCCAAUGGGGGGAGAACCUUUGAAUGUAAGGAAUUAAGAUAAUUGUUCUGGAAGCCCUUGACUCCUCCUUUGGAAUCAGAAGUCACAGUUUAUACAAGUCUUAUUAAUACAAUAAGUAAUGUAUAAAAACAUUCAGUUGAGUAAAGACAACUCAUUCUGAGGAUGCUCUGGGUUGAAGGGUUGUGGGAGAGACCAGCAUCUCACGGUGUAUGAACUCACUUGAGGUUUGUAGUAUAGGGAACAAAACCCUCUGGUGUUUCCAUGUAUGUUGAUGCAAGACGUAGCAGUGUGUCACAGAUUUUCACUUGCUCUGUUCACUUAUGAUCUCCAGAAAAAUCUUACUAAAGUUUGGGAGGUAACUUUAUAUUGACUUUAUGUGAUAUUUACAGACUGCACACAAAACUACAUGUGUAAUAGGGGAUUUGCUUCAGUGUCCUGAAGUCUUGGAUGGCAACACAUGGAUUUUCUGGGUGCUUCUAGAUGAACUUUUGACUAUUUCUACGUUUGUAUAUUUUUAUGACUUCAAUUAUGUUUUUAAAUUCCAUAUGGGAUUUCCUUUUUAAGCUAUUCCUGUUUGAUAUGAUUGAAACUGUUGUUUAUGCCUAGUGUUUAUUAUAUGUCUCAUAUCAGCAUUGUGAAUGAACACAAACUCCCUGCUCACUACUUGUUAGUUUAUUUUUUGUCAUGUAUUCUUGCACUGUUUCUUUCCUCUUUGUUAUCCACCUCACACCCCUUUUAAAAAAAAGCCACAAAGUCUCACUUUGUGGCUUAGGCUAGUAUGAAUCAUGUAGUCUAGACUGAUGUCUAGCUCAUGGCAGUCCUGGCCUAGCCUCCUGAGUGCUUAGAUUACAGGUGCAAGCCACCAUUAUCAUCUUUGUACUGUCUUAAAUGCUGUCUUUGCUAGCACUGAAAUCACCAUGUUUUACAUAGUACUCAUAUACUUAACAAGUAGGUUUGGAUCUGACCAAUACAAUCCUUUUCUCUGAGUUCCAAAUCUCUGGUAGACAUUAUUCCAUUUUCUGAUUGGAGUUCAGCUUUUCUUUAGCCUCUACUUGUUAGGUCAUGUAGUAUCUGUAUUAACUCUUAUCCUUUUUUAUUUUUGUGGCAGGGUCUUGCCGUAGCUCAAAUUGACCUCAAACUCCUAACCUUUCUGCCUCAGAUUUUACUGCUGGAGUUACAGGCAUGUGCCAACAUGUCUAGCUGUUUCUAUGGCUUAUAUCAAUUUACAUGAGGUUCUCAAGGUGGAACCUUGUUAUGGUCAGUUAUUUUAAGUCACUUAGUUUUCCUUUCAUUUGUGUAUGGAUACUUAGUUUCCAUACCUUGGCUGUUAGGAGUAUUGCUACAUUGAAUAUGGGUGUAGUUAUCUAUCUCUUUAAAUUGAUGAUCUUAUGUUCUCAGAUACAGUCCUAAAAGUGUGUUUGUUACAGGAAUGAUAAGUGUUAAUUCAGUGUGACUGUAUUAUUUUUUAAUCACUAUCCAUUUAUGUUAAGUACAUAGCCUUUUAAUUACCUUUUUACUUUUCUGCCAUUUAAAAAUGUGACAUAGUAUUUUCAUAGUUUUGAUUUGCUUUUUCUAAUCUAUAAGCCAUUUGUAUGUCUUUGCUAAAAUAUUGAUUUCAGUUAUUUAUCAAUUUUAAAAUCAAGAUAUGUGUAUUUUGCUGUGACCCACUGUAAUAUAUAUAUGGUUUACAGGUAUUUUUUCCAUCUGUGUACAUGCCAUUUCAGAUUUUUUUGCUGUUUUGUAAAAUCUUUAAUUUGAUAUCCCCUAAUUAUUUAUUUUUGCUUUUAAUGCUCAUGCUUUUCUGUCUGUUCUAAAAUUUUUUGCUAGUAUGUCUGGAAGCAUUCUUCCUGGACUUUUAUUGUGUUACAGUUUUAGGUUUUGCUUUCUGGGUUUUGUUUGAGUUGAUCUUACUGUGUAAUCCAAGAUAGCAUGGAACUCACUGUGUAGACCAGGGUGAUCUUAAACUUUUAGCAGUAUUUCUUCCACAGGCCUCCUGAGUGCUGAGAUUUUGGGUUUGAGCCAGCCUACCCCACCUAACUGUAUUUCCUUUACUAUUAUUUAAUUCUGUUUUCAUAUACGCACACACAUGCAUACAUACACAUUCUUACACAACACAGUGUAUGAGCACUUAUUUUACAUGCAUAUGCAUUUUUCUCAGUCUCAUAUUUGUGUAACUAUCUUUUUUAUGUUAUGAUAGUUUUUGAAAAUUUGCUCAUAAGCAUUUUUUAUUGUCUCUGUUUUGGUGCUAGGAAUUGAACUUGUGUCUCAUGAGUGCUCAGCACGAGUUCUACCAUCAAGCUAUAGUUCUAAACUCAUUGUUGAAAUUAUAUUGACUGUAAAGGUGUUUUUUUGUUGUUGUUUGUUUUGUUUGUUUUUGAGAUAAUUUCUCUGUAUAGCUCUGGCUGUUCUGGAACCUGCUAUGUAGACCAGGUUAGCCUCAAAUUCACAGAGGUCCACCUGUCCCUGCUUCCCAGAGUGCUGGGAUUAAAGGUAUGUGCUCCUACACCUAGCCAUUAUUACACAUUUAUUUCUAAACAAUUUGUUAUGUUGUUUGUAUCACCAUUUAACUGAUUUCUACCUAUGUAAUGGGUUUUGUUUGUUUUGUUCUUGCUCCUUGAGACAAGGUCUCUAAGAGUUUAGACUGGCUUUGAAAUUAACUAAUGGUCAAGAAUGAUUUUGGACCUCUCAUCUUCUUGCCUCUAGCCCUCCAGUGCAAGAAAUAUGGGCAUGCACUACCACACUCUUUAUUUUCUGCAGUGCUUGAGUAUCAGUCUUCAUGCCAAGUAAACUCUACCAACUGAGCUUCCUCCAGCCUUGUAAUACAUUGUUAAACUUAAAUUUUUUUAUUUAUUUAAAUCUUUGGUUUAUCUGAAAGGUUUUCGUUUCUUAUGCUUUCUGAAAUUUUUUAUAAGCCUGUGAAAAAAUGUCAUUAGAAUUAUUAAUACAAUCGCAAUAAAUCUACAAAGCUCUUUGGGUAGGAUGAACAUUUUAACAAUGGUAAUUCUCUCAGUGUGCAUGGGAUACCUUGACAUUUGUUCAUAGUGGUUUAGAUUUUUCCUGUCUAAUUUUAUUCUCUAUUGUUUUAUGUAGUAUAAUUUUUUUAUGUUGACACCCAGUCACCUCAAACAGUUUUACUUUUCUUACUGGGGUGACUUUUUCCUUUCUUAUCCUAAUUGCUUUAGCUAGGCUUUUCGCUGAAUAAACAAAGGAAAGGUAGGUUAGGUAUGCCUAUCUUUGACAAGUUUGAGGUUUGUAACACUGAAUGAUAACUGCAUUUGGUUUUUUUUUUUUAACUUUUUUUAACUUUAUUUUUUAUUAAUUACACUUUAUUCAUUUUGUAUCCCCUGCAUUUGGUUUUUAUGUACUGCCAUUAUGAUUAAGUACAUUUCUAUCUAAUUUAUUGACUGUUUUCUCCAUCAUCUGAUAUCCUGUGUUGUUACAUGAUUCUAUACGUGUUCUGCAAUACAGAUUUUCAUUUUUGUUCAUUUAGUGUAUCACAUUUAUUUCCAUAAACCAUCUUUCCACCCCACUGAUAAGUCAUUAUUGAUCACAGUUUGUGUGAUCUUUUUAAAAGUUACUUUUAUGAAGUGACCAGGAGAUUGAAAUUGUCUUAAUAAAUAAUUUUUUAUCAUUUAUUUUUGAGACAGGGUCUUGCUAUAUAGUCCAGGCUUGGCCUUGAACUUAUCAUUUAACCUAAACUAACCCCAAACUAAUGAUCCUCCCGCACUAACUCUCAAGUGUUGUAGCUUCAGUAAUAGCCCGUUGUGCCUGGCUGUUAAUGUUCAGAAAGACUUUGCUGUUUCGCCAAUAAGUGACUCAUUCAUUAGAGCUUAAACAGAGUGAAAAAGAGAUAAGAUGGUUAACUUCUAUUGUAAGGGUAUCAUGGUUGUAAAGAGAUCCUAGAAAUAGAAUACUCAAGUGUGGAAAGCAAAUGUUAAUAUAUAUGUAGAAAGAAAUAGCAUAAUGAAAACAAGAUCAUUUCAGUAUUCUUGGACAUAUAAUUUUGAGUUUGUUUUUUUAAUUUAUUUUAUGUAUGAGUGCUCAAUUUGCAUGUACACUUGCAUGCCAGAAGAGGGCAUCAGAUUCUAGUAUAGAUGGUUAUGCGCCACCAUGUGGUUUCUGGGAAUAGAACUCAGGACCUCUGGAAGGGCAGACAAUGCUCUAAACCAGUGAGCCAUCUCUCCAGCCCCAACACUGAGUCUUAAAAUCACUAAGGAAACUAUACUUGAACUAGACUUGAGACCAAGUAGAUCUAAUAAUUCUAUACUUAACAUUCUAUAUAAGAGCCAGAGAAUACUUUGUAUUAAUUUCACAGGUACAUUAUGAGAAAUUUCACAGUAGACUUAAUCAAGCUUUACACUUUUAAAAUACACAGGAUUGAGUUUAUGUAGUUUUUGGGAGAGGGUCUCAUUGUGCAGUCUAGAUGACCUCCAGCUUAACCAUUCUGUCUCAAAGAUAAAAUGCUACAUUGUAUUUUAUUUUAUUUUUAUAUUACAUUUAUUUAUUUGGAGUGGGGGUGCACAGUAUGUUUUUGGAGAUCAGAGGACAACUCAGGAAUUGGCUUUCUCCUUCCACUUUGUAGAUCCUGGGAAUUGAACUCAGGUGGUUGGGCACCUUUGCUUCCUGAGCCAACUUGCUGGACUACAUAGUUUUAUAUUUGAUAUGAAAACACCUAAUGUCUUAGCAAAUUAGAAAAUGUGUAGUUGCAUAGAAGUGGAUUUUAUAUGUAUCUCAGUGAAUGGUGACUGAUGUGGCAGGGACUUGGAGUAGGACCAGGAAAGCCUGUGUUAAGCUUCACAGAGUCUUGGUUUGUCAGGAAAUAAAACGGGCCAUUUUACCAACAUCUAAUGUCUUAGCCAGUUUUCAGUGUACAAUAUAUUCUUGUUCGCUGUUGUUAUAAUGGUGACAUAACAAAGUGUAUACUUUUAAACGGUUGUCUCCUUAUUUCUCCUAAACCUUAAUCACUGGUAGCCACUGUUGUAGUUUAGUUCUGUGCCUUCAUUUUUUUUUUUUUUUUUUUCAAAUUCCAGGUAUGAGACAAUGCAGAGGUUGGGUGUGUGUGUGUUGCAGGUAUAUGCCUGGUGGCCAAGAAGAUCAGAAGAGGGUAUCGGGUUUUCUGAGUCUGGAGUUACAGACACUUAGGAGCCUCCAUGUGGCUACUGGGAAUUGAACCCAUUUGCUCUGUAAGAGUAGCCAGAGGAGUAUAUUUGAAGCCAACUUGAAUUUUGUUUGAAACCAGUUUGGUUUGAAAGUGCAUUGUUCCCUCCAAGCCUAUGUGCUUGGACAUGUCUCCCCCAGCUGGUGGUACUUGUUUUUGUGGGUAGGGAGUGGUCUUUGAAGGUUGUACCUGCCAAUAGGUUUGGCCCACUUCUCUACUUAAGGUCUGCGAAGAUGUGAGCAAUGUGCACCACAAGCUCCUGCUCCCACAAAGCUACUCUGGCCACCAUGCCUUUCCUGACAUGGUCGAUUUCGCCCUCUGAAUUGAUGACGUCAAACCUGUCGGGAGUUUUGACAAGUAAUACAGAACCCACAGCACUUUAACUGAUGAACCAUCUCUCCAGCUUCUCUUUUUAUAUACUUACUGGCCACUUGGCUGUUUUAGGAAAGUGUCUAGGUUUCUUUCAUGUUAGGGUCUCAUGUAUUCCAGAAUGUCCUCAAACUUGGGUAUGUGGUCAAGAAUUACCCUGAACUUUCAGUCUUGUCUCUGCUCCCAAUUGAACCUGGAGCUUUACGCAUGUGAUAGGCAAGAACAUUAUUUUCAGAGCUACAUUGGCAUUUUCAGAUAUGUAUAUAAUGUACUUUGCUCAUAUUCAUACACACCUUUGCCUUACGUUGUCUUAUUCUGAUCUCCUUCUAAAGCUCCAUCUUCUCUAUUUUCAUGUCUUUUUUAUUCUAUGCACGAGAGAAAAUAAUUAUUUGUCACUCUGAAUCUGGCUCACUUAAUAAGCUUUUUAGUUCCAUUACUUUCCCUACAAAUUAUCCAGUUUUUUUUUCUUUAUGACUAAAUAAAGCUCCAUUCUGUGUGUCAUUUUUUCAUUUCAUUAUUGUGUGUGCCCCCCAUGUGUUUGGAUGUCCAAGGGGGUUGAAGAAGACAUUGAAUCUCCUAGAGUUGUAGUUACAGGUUGUGAGCAACCCAGCAAUGGUGCUGGGAACCAAACUCUGCUCCUCUGCAAGUGCAGUCUUAGCUGCUGGGCCAUCUCUCAAUCCAUUUUUUUUUUUCCCCUUUGAGACAGGGUUAUCUGGCUGUCCUGGAAACUCUGUAAACCAGGCUAGCCUUGAACUCAAGAGUUCAGUCUUCUGCCUUCUGAGUGCUGUGAUUAAAGGCACAUGUUACCACUGCCAGGCUCUCAAUCCAUUUAUUAACACCUUGGCUGAGUUUUUAACUUUGCUACUUGUAGUGGUACUGUUAAUGUGUAUGUACAGACGUAUUAUGUGCUGACUUGGUUCUCUGGUAUAAACCCAGCUGAACACAUCGGUUUAGAGUCAUGAAGGAUGCAGGAGUAAAGGGUUGAGUCUUCCUCUCUGAAUAAGGAAAGCCAUGGAAGCCAGGUGUUUGGCAAAGGAGUUAUAUGGAGGCCCGAAGAGGCCGUUGUCUGAAGCUGUCUGUGUAAGUGAAGCCUGGAUUGUGUUAGAGACCUCAGGGUUUUGGAGAUGCCAGAGCCAUAGAAUAUCUUUUGAGGAGAGUUGCACAUGGAAUGGAACCAGCUCAAGAAAGGUAUAUUUGCAGUCAACAAAGUUCCAAGGAUUGGGGAAUCCAAAGACCCAUCCAUCAUAGGACAUAGAGCUGUGGGAUUUGAGAUUGCCCUGCUAGGUUUCAGUUUUCUUUGAUUAAUGUUUCCCCACUAUGCCUCCUUUCCUCCCUUUUGGAAUAGUAUUUCAUAGUCUAUGCCAUUGCAUAUUGGAAGUAUUUUUUUUUUUUUUAAUUUACAGGAGAAAGCCUUGUGGGGGCUUUUGAAGUUGGGUUAAGUGUAUUUUUACAUUAUGAGACAGCUCCAAACCUUUAGGAGUUAGGGAGUGGAGUGUGGUGGUUUGAAUGAAAAUGGCCACGAUAGGCUCAUAUAUUUGAGUACUUGGUUCUCUAGCAGGUGGAGCUGUAUGGGGAAGGAUUAGGAGGUAUGGCCUUGUUGGAUGAGUUGUCUCACUUUGGAGGGCUUUGAGCUUUUAAAAUCCCAUGCCAGGCCCAGUCUUUAUGCCAUGUGGUUGUCUUAAUAUGUAAGCUUUCCAGCUCCAGUGCCAUGCCUACCUACCUGCCACCACCAUGCUCUGUGCCAUGAUAGUUAUAUAUUCAACCUCUGAAACUGUUAAGUAAAGCUCAGAAUUAAAUGCUUUUAAAAGUUG